UUAUGUAAAAAUUAUGAUCCUAAAAAUCUAAAAAAAGAAGACUCAUAUGAUUAUUAUGUACAUUAUGAAGAUUAAAACAGACGUAUGGAUGAGUGGGUAUAAAUAAAUAGAAUUAGGUUAUUAGAUGAAUUAAUACCAGACGAAACUAAAAAACACCAUAAACAAAAAAACGAUUUUAACGAAUAUAAUGAACAUGAAGGUUUCGACUAAGAUUUAUUAAACGAGCAUUUAGAAAUAACAAAAAUAAAGACAAUAAGUAGUGUAUAAAUAGGCAAAAAUAAAAUGGAUUCAUGGUAUUAUUCCCCAUUUCCAGCAAAUUAUUAAAACUAAGACAUUUUAUAUUUUUGUGAAUUUUGCAUGAAUUUUUUCCUUUCCCCGCAUGAAUUAUAACGCCAUUCAUAAAAAUGCAUAUUAAAAAAUCCUCCAGGAGAUGAAAUAUACAGAGAUGAUGCCGGACCAAUAAGUAUUAGUAUGUUUGAAGUCGAUGGAAAGAAAAAUCCAGUAUAUGCAGAAAACCUAUCAUAUUUUUCAAAGCUUUUUUUAGACCAUAAAAAUUUAUAUUGGAAUAUGGACCCUUUUCUAUUUUAUAUUUUAUGCGAAAACGACUCCGAAGGAUCCCAUAUUGUCGGUUAUUUUUCAAAAGAUAAAGACAGUAAAGAAAGUUAUAAUUUAUCGUGCAUUUUAGUUUUCCCAUGUUAUUAAAGAAAAGGAUAUGGAAAAUUCCUUAUUUCUUUUUCCUAUGAACUUUCUAUUAUAGAAGAUAAAAUAGGAACUCCAGAAAGACCUUUGUCAGAUUUGGGAAGAAGAAGCUAUGAAAACUGGUGGGUUUAAAGAAUUAUUAGAUUUAUUUAGUCAAAGCCUAAAGAUUUCUAGUUCUCAGUUGAAGAAAUUACAAAAGGAACUUAUAUUAGAGACUAAGAUGUCAUUUGGACUCUUGAAUAAAAAGGACUUAUUAAAUAUGUUAAUUCUUAAUCUGUUUUAUGUACUGAUGAUAUUUUUUUAAAUAAAGUUUAUAACGAAGCUGGAAAUCCAGGUGUUUUGGUUAAACCUAUGAAUAUUCAUUGGAUACCUUAUAGAUUAUAAUGGAAUAAAGAUGUUAAUGUUAAAUUUCCUGAGUAUGAUCCCAUUGAAGGGAGUAAUUAUACGUUUGUGACUAAAUAAGUUAAUGGUUAACUAUAGAAAAAAACUCCAAAAAAAGAUAAGAAAAUUAAUUAAGAUCAUAUUAAUAA